AACUUUAUCCUAACCCCAUUUUUUAUUAUGUACUCUAUAUUUUUAAAUUUUGCCAGAAUCAAAUUGUAAAUUGUUAAAGUAUGUUGACAAUCAAUUUAUUAAAGGCAAAUACAAGUAAACAUAUCGUUAUUUCCACGAUAGUUAGGAAUGGUCACACUAUAAGAGGAAAGCGUCCAGGUGUAGCAAGAAGCUUAGCACAAAGAUUAGCUGACGAUGAGAGGAAUGAAAACACAGUUUUGUUACCCAGAGUAAAUAUUGGCUUUGCUUGUAAGACCCCAUCUCGAAAAGAGGUUCGUCAAAGCCGUAUAGAACACUUAAAAAAACAAAAACAAAACCAAGAUUUGGAAAGAUUAUCUAGAAGUAACAGUUUGUCCAUAAAUUUAGAUGCAGUAAGAAAAGAGUCUAAUUUUACCGCAGCUCCUUUUCAACUUAAAACUAUUGCUGAUCAUUACGGGAUAUACAAAGACUUAUUUGGCAAUGCUUAUUUUAUUCCAAGGAUAAAUAUGGACAUUUUCUUUACUGAUGAAAAUAAAAAUAAUCACAGCAUAUUUUACGGUAAUGUUUUGUCAGCUUCCUGCACUGUAAAUGAACCAAACAUUACCUUCGAUCAUAACAAAAACCUUUUAAUAAAAAAUUUUGAUAGCAGCGAAACAUCAUAUUGGAGUAUCCUAAUGGUGAGUCCUGACACCCAUCUAUUUAGUGGAAAAAAUGAAAAUUUCUUAAAUUGGUUUAUUGGUAAUAUUCCAAACGGUGGAAUUAAAAAUGGUGAAGAAAUCUGUAAAUAUCUUCAGCCAAUUCCAGCAAAGGGUUUCGGUUUUCAAAGGAAUGUAUUUAUUUUAUUUAGGCAAUCAAAACUAAUUGAUUUCCAGAAAUUUAAAAACAAAUCGUUUAAUGAUUUAUUAGACCGACAUUUUAAUGUUUUGGAAUUUUAUAGAGAACACCAAGAAAAUAUAACUCCUGCUGGAUUAUCAUUUUUCCAAAGUGAAUGGGAUGAAAGUGUUACAAAAAUUUUUAAUAAAUUAAAUAUAAAGGAACCUUCAUUCACUUACGACUUCCCAAGACCUUACUUGGCUGAUCAGAAAUGGUUCCCUUUAAAGCAGCCAUUUAACUUAUACAUGGAUAAGCAUAGAGCUGACCAUAAAAAAAUUAAUAAAAAUUAUUUAAACAAAUAUCUUUUUAAGGACAUAGAUGUUCCAAUCAAAUAUCCAAUGGCGCACCCAAUUAAAGGGGUGCCUUCUUGGAUGAUAGCAGAAAUCAAAAAGGAAAGAUUGAAACUGUUUCAAAAAAUGGAUAAGUCUUAAAGUAUAAAUUGAAGUGAAUAUUGUGUUUAUAUUUUUAAAUAUACUUAUAUUGUAUAUGUAUACUUUAUUAAAAAAAAAUUCU